UUGUCAAACAAUGAAGAAUCCCUCUCCGCAGUCUCAACGACCCCACCCCCACCGCCCGUCUGUUAUUUACAGAAAUUGUAAAACCACCCAAACUCCCGACUUUCUAUUUCACUUUCAUCCUCGUCGGCUAUCCAGUUUUCCAGUCUCCGAGAAAACCUAACCUCACUGUUUCAAUUGCUGCCGAUCGUUAAAUUUUCGCCGUUGAUCUUUGAUUCGAUACAAAGAUGAAGAACGCGAGGCAGAAGAAGAGGAGAAGAAGGCCCCGAGCUUCCGAUCCCGUCGCCAAAGCCGUCGAAGCGAACGAAAAAGACGAAAAGAGCAAGGUCAACGAGUUAUCCGAGACCUUCUCUUUGGCUUCCCUGGACGACGCCGUUUCGGCCUACCGAGAAGCGAACAGCGAUCCUGAAAGAGCCGCCUAUGGUGCCGAAGACCCCUCGACGAGCUCGAGUUACGGUUCGAGUUCGAGUUCGGGGUCGGGUUCGGGCUCGUCGGAGGGGUUUGUGGAGGCGGGGUUUGUGGAGAACGUGAUGAACGGGAAGGGUUUGAGGGGGAGUAAGCAGAAGAGAAUUAUUGCGGUGACUGGGACGGUUUCGACGGUGUUGGGGAAGGAUUACGUGAAGGCAAGCCCGUGCCCGUGCCCGAGGAGUGGUUGGGCCAAAUCCAGAGGGUUUAGCAAUGAGGUCGUUCAGGAAGUAGACGCUGAGCAGUUUCUGUGUUCGAUGCUUGGUGAUGAGUGCGAGCUCAGCCUGGCUGUUGUUAGAGACGUGCUCUGUCAAUGUGAAUAUAAUGUUGAAAAGGCCUUGGAUGCAUUGCUUGAAUUAUCUGCUCCUACCUUUGAGCAGUACAGGAAUGGUAGCUACCUUGACAAUAGUGUUAACCAUAACGAAGAUAUAAGAUUUCUUAUUGAACGCAAAGACAGUUUUACAGAUGUGGCUUCUGAUUGCACUUCCCGUUCAUCUGAAAGUGACGUCCAGGAUAGUAUAUGGUCUGUGGGGCAUGGUUUCAGGAGUUAUGCUAAGGUUCUUACUAGUCCUGAAGCUGAUUUUCCAACUAGCGCAAGAAGAAACGAGUCAAAUCUCCCUCAAAAGGUGUUGGAAUCAUUGUUUAAUGUCUCCAAGAGUCCUGAAUACGUUCCAAAGACAAUGAAUUGGAGGAAUGUAGUAAAGAAACUGCAGCUAUUGGGACCUGGCUUUGAUGUUUGUCCUUCUAGUGUUACAGAACUCCAGCAGGAUACUUGUGCUAAAGGAGAGGAAUAUCAUGCAUUCAGAAAAUCUUCAAAGCAACACUGGGAUUCAAUGAGGUCUUACUAUCAGAAAGCUGCAGUGACAUUUUCAAAGGGAGAACGAGAGUAUGCAGCCUACCUUUCUGAGCAGGGCAAGGUACAAACAAAAUUGGCUCGAAAGGCAGAUGAAAAGGCGAGGCAUGAUAUAUUUAAAGCUAGAAACGAGGACAUAGAAAAUGUGAUAACAAUUGAUUUACACGGCCAACAUGUUAAGCAAGCAAUGCAGUAUGUAAAAGCUCUCAUCCUGCUUGGAACAUAUGUGCCCUCAAUUCAAACUCUCAGGGUUAUCACAGGAUGUGGGUCACAUGGCGUAGGGAAGGCAAAGGUGAAACAAUCGGUUAUUAAACUUAUGCAGAAGGAAGGUAUAGAAUGGAGCGAAGAGAACCAGGGGACAUUGCUAAUCAAGCUCAAUGGAUAUAGAGAGUUCAGCUUUAUGGAUUCUGAUAGUGAUACCGAGUAACUUUACCAAACUUAGUUCUGUAGUACUCACCACUAGUUUUUCCUUUUCUUGUCAAAGUUUGUUGUGUAACAAUAGAGAUUUACAUGUGUUUAGUAUCCUUGCAUAGGUUCCAGUUGUUUAUAAUAUUAUUAAAGCUUUUUCUUUCCAUAGGUAGGUGGGGAAGAAAGGCAACUUAAUUGUAAAUUAGCUGAUGCCUAUGCUGCUGUCUGUAUUCAAUUCUCUAUUACCUUAAUAAAGACUAACGCAUUUGUUCAAA